UGCCGUGCUCCGCCCGCCCCUCAGUCAAGAUGGCGGCGCUGAGGGCGGCGGGGGCGGUGCUGCUGCGGCCCCGGGCCGGGUCCGCCCCGGCCGCGCUGGGCUAUCACAAAAAGGUGGUGGAUCACUACGAGAACCCGCGCAACGUCGGCUCCCUCGACCGCAACGCCAAGAACGUGGGCACCGGCCUGGUGGGCGCCCCGGCCUGCGGCGACGUCAUGAAGCUACAGGUGGAGGUGGACGAGAACGGCAAGAUCGUGGACGCCCGGUUCAAAACGUUCGGGUGCGGCUCGGCCAUCGCCUCCAGCUCGCUGGCCACCGAGUGGGUCAAAGGGAAAACGGUUGACGAAGCGCUGAAAAUCAAGAACACGGAUAUUGCCAAGGAACUCUGCCUUCCCCCUGUCAAACUGCACUGCUCCAUGCUGGCUGAAGACGCCAUCAAGGCCGCCCUGGCUGAUUACAAACUGAAGCAGGAUCCCAACAAAGAAUCCGAGAAAAAAGCCAACAAUGCCUGAACUGACUGCGGAGCUUUUCCUCCUUCCUCCUCACUUUGCAGUGCAAUUCCCGAGCUGUAGUAGGACCCAGUGCACUACUCAAGCUGUAAGAUACGCACAAGUUACGCACAACGUGUCCCUGGUGGUGUCCAGCCACUCCAUAGUGCUCACACGGCCGGGAUGGGGGGGCUCUGUCCCCACUGGAAUGCCACGGGAAGACUCUGCUCCAGAGAGAAAACCCUGCUGGCCGGUACUGGAAGGGCUGCACUUUUUCUUUUUUUUUUUUUUUUGGGGGGGGAAGAUAUCUAGUUUUGCCUAAUAUUUUAUGGAGUUUAAUGGGAAGCAUUGCCUUGGUGUUGUAUGUGUGUGUGAGCUGUGCUCAGCCCGUGUCCCACUGAGCUGGGGUUGGUUUUUCAAUCUGGGUGCAAAUUCCUGCUCUUGGAGUUCUGGGAGCCUUCAGCAGGUGCCAAAGGGCAAGUAGCGGCCAGGGAGCACAGACCUGCUGGCUUCUGCUCCCAUCCUGUCACCACUUAAAUUUUUUCAAGCUCCUGUUAAAAGAACAGCUGGAAUUUUGGGGUGUUUUCUCUAAGAAUUCUACCCUUGCCCUGGCCAAGUGCUCUGUUACAGCUGUAAAUGCUGGGCUAAGGGAAGGUGUCCCUGACGAAGGCAGGGAGUUGUAACUGGAUGAGCUUUAAGAUCCCUCCCAGCCCAAAGCAUUUCAGGAUUCUAUGAAAUACCCCCUCAGACUGGAACCCAGUGGGGAAUAGUGGAGCUGGGAUAUGGAGCUGAGGGGGAGCUCCCAGGAUUCCUCUUUUCCAGGGGAAAAGACACUGGAAACACACUGGAAACACACAGGCAGAAAACACACUGGAAAACUUCACAUCUUUAGCUUCUCACUCCCUCAAAACACUUCACUUCCCUUUCUUCUUACUGAAGGUGUUGUUAAACGUUUAAAACCACAUUUAAAAAACAAUCGGUUCAUUCUGGUA